AUGUUGUGCUCUCGAAUUGGCUUGCAGGACACCCUGAGAUCAAGCCCACCGGAGAACAAGGAAAUGAAAAGGGCAAGUCUUGCCGGGAUCACGACCACCACCGUUUUCUACGUCCUGUGCGGUUGUGUCGGCUACGCUGCAUUUGGCAACAACGCCCCGGGCAAUUUCCUAACUGGGUUCGGGUUCUACGAGCCUUUUUGGUUGAUCGAUAUCGCCAACAUCUGCAUCGCAAUUCACCUCGUAGGCGCCUACCAGGUCUUCUGCCAGCCGAUAUUCAGCUUUGUGGAGAGCAACUGCCAGAAAAAAUGGCCCGAAAACAAGUUCAUCACCAGGGAGCACCCGAUCACCGUGCCAUUCAUCGGGGCCAUCUAUUUCAACUUGUUCAGGCUUGUCUGGAGGUCUGCAUACGUGGUGGUGACGGUUGUCCUCGCGAUGAUCUUCCCGUUCUUCAACGACUUUCUGGGGCUCAUUGGGGCAGCAUCGUUCUGGCCGUUGACCGUGUAUUUCCCCAUAGAGAUGUACAUUGCAAGAGCCAAGAUUCCCAAGUACUCCAUCACCUGGACGUGGCUGAAAAUAUUGAGCUGGACAUGCCUGGUAGUGUCCCUUGUCGCUGCAGUCGGAUCUGUGGAAGGCCUGAUCCAGUCUGUGAAAACAUACCAACCUUUCAAAAGUGGUGAAUAAGAAAGAAACUUACUAUAGUAUCUUUACACUCAUUCCUAAUAAUUCGUUCUUAGGAUUGAGAGGAAAGAAUUUGGGCACUCAUUUUGUGUGCUAUAGUGCCUAGUAGUUUUCGGAACAUUAAAUCUUGUUGUAGCCUUCUUUACUAUGUCAGAGCUUCUACUUAUAUAACGACGAACUUGCAGGUAAGUAAUUGACUAUCCUUAAAGAGCGGCAACAUAAAUAGGUGAAGCCCAUAUUGGAUGUUGUGUGAACCAGGAAAACAUCUAGUAGCAGACGUAAUACUCACUUCUUCUGUUGACGGAAACUGAACUGGAAUGCUCAAGCAGACUUCACUCAUCACAAAGGCUUGGAUAAGACAUUGUGCAGCAUUUG